CUCAUUCUCCCUUUCGUCAUGCCUCGUCGUCGUCGUCCUUUUUUCCUCUUUCUUUCGGUCCUUGGCUUAUUUCUAUUUGGAACUGUCAUCGUCCUCUCUUCAAUCACAUACUACCUUGCUAUCGACCCCAGUGCGUAUCUCUCUGAAUUAGAUGUCCCAAUACUCGAAAACAAUGUUCGUUGGAAUGCUUCGGAGCAUGGCCAAGUCGAACGCAUACCCCGUAUACUUCAUCAGACAUGGAGAACCAAGAAAGUACCGCAGCGCUGGAGGAGCAUUUCUCAGGAGUGUCGAGAAAUGAUGCCGGACUACGAAUACAUGCUCUGGUCGGAUGAAUCUUCACGGCAGUUCAUUGCUGAACAUUAUCCAUGGUUUUUGGACACGUAUAACGACUAUCAGUAUAACAUUCAGCGAGCCGACGCGAUACGUUAUUUCGUAUUGAACCAUUACGGCGGAGUUUAUCUCGACUUGGAUAUCGGUUGCAUGCACCCACUCGAUCCUCUUCUCAUUCACCCCGUCAUUCUACCCAAAACUAUCCCCGUCGGCGUGUCUAACGAUUUGAUGUUUGCAGAGAAAGGCCACCCAUUCCUCGCCCAAACCAUUCAUAACCUCGUCACAUUCGACCAUUCCUGGAUUCUAAACUACCCGACCGUCAUGUUUUCUACGGGCCCCAUGUUCCUGUCCGCGCAGUAUGGGAUCUUCACUUCUGCACACGGUACUGAUGACCCUAUUCGAAUCUUGCCAAAGUUCUUGUACGGGAAGAAUGCAAGGGAGGGCGAGGCGCCCAAUGCCUUCUUUUCACAUUUCUACGGAAGCAGUUGGCAUGCGGAUGACGCGGCUUUCAUUGGAUUUUUGGGAAAUUGGGGCAAAUCCCUUUUGUGGAUUGGGCUCGUGGUUCUAUUCUUCGGACUGGUGGUAAUCGGUGUCCCUGGUCGAAGGCAUCGUUACACACUCAGGCGAAUCGGUGGAUACGAUGUUCUCUUCCCCAGGCGUUCACAAAGGACGGGACACUGGCAUGUGCACCUCCCCAGGUCGGCGACGGCAUCAACUUCAUCCACCGCCCCGUCUACACCGGAAGACAGUGCCCCGGGCUCACCCAUAGAUUCUGACGUUCCUGUUCCCGUUCUCCACCUUCCCUUCGACAUGUCACCCUCCUCUCCUGGCUCAUCAGAGCUGUCAUUCUCCACCGACUCCUACACGGGACGCGAAGCAUUCGCUGGCCAGAGUCGCGCGUCACCCGUUCUCGAUACGGUACGCCGGGUACGAAAUAAGAUGGCGUCUUUGACAGGUCUUCGUGAUCCCAUUGAUGGCCGUAAAUCACACUCCCAUCGCCCAAGAAGACAUCGUAGUGGUGCCAGUCGUGGAGUCAUGUUCUUCCUUCCUGCGAUAUUCGCUCAAUCUCAUGAUUUGGAACUCGGCCAGGACAAUGAGGUUCCAUUAUUCACCAGACCAAUAAUCCGUCGCUCGUCACGAAACCGUUUGGAUCGACAAUGUUACACAGAUGAAGAUUCGCCAGGGUCUUCGCAGGAUGCUGAACAACAUGGUCAGCUGAUCGACCUCGGCAGUGAGGGCGAUGCUGAUUUAUCAAAUCCGUUUGUUCCGAGAACAACUGAAACGUCGCCGCAUUCUCUUUUAUCAUGAACUUUAGAUGCGCUCUACAUGGAUCGAUACCAGAUAUAAUUAAACUAUACCCUACGAUUAUUGAUUGAUACUACGUGCAAGGACGAACAAUUCUCUGCGAGGUCCCAAAAUUAAAAAUUACUCGUACCUUAUUUUAAAUUUGCCAAGGACAAAUCACCAUUGGUUUUUUCCCUACAGGGACAUCAUUCAAGCAAAUCAUCAAAGCUUUGAUACAUAAAAUGCGACCGUUCUUUUGUACUUGACAACAUUCACUUCCCUACUACAGUCCUUUUCAUAUAUAUUGAUAAGAAAAACAUGGCUCCAGCUGC